CUGAGCUUCCAUCCGUGACGAUUUUGGAUUAGACUACAAUAUAGAUUGACGGAUCUCCGCAGUUUUAUUUGUUGUCGUCGAGCGGUGGAUGAAUACGAUUACAAUCUUGGAAAGAAGUUUCUCGUUUCAGAUACAGACACAACCAUCUCCUCUUUCUUCACAACUUCACCUUUCCGAUUAAGCAAGCUGAAGAGCUUAGCAAAACUAACUAGAGUUUGAAUGCACCGAUGAUCUACCUGUGACUGUGAAGAUCUUUUGAAUUUCAUACUGUUUUUUUUUUCCGAUCUAAAUUUUAACUUUUGAGGGAAGGAAUAAAAAUAGAGCACUUUAUUAUGAUAUGAGUUUUAUUUUUAUAUUUUGUUAAGUAAUGUGAUGCGGGUUUUCUUUAUUAUUGAACUUCUGUGAUCUGGUGGUGUCCUUUCUAUUCUCGAUUUGGGUUCCUCUGUUUCAGUCGGUUAUUAAGAGAAACUGAGCAAGUAACGUAUUUGGUUUGGAUUCUCUCUUCUGGAGAGAAGAUGAGGGAAAAGCUACGAUUUUUCAUCUGGGCUUUGUUUCUCUGCGGUUCCUGUCUCGGUAGAUUUGUGGUGGAAAAGAAUAGCUUACGGGUGACUUCACCGCAGUCAUUGAAAGGUGUUUACGAAUGCGCAAUUGGGAAUUUUGGUGUUCCUCAGUAUGGCGGCACCAUGGUUGGGACUGUGGUUUACCCGAAAGUGAACCAAAAGGCAUGCAACGACUUCGACGAGGUCGAUCUAUCAUUCAAAUCGAAGCCUGGAGGUCUUCCGACCUUUCUUCUUGCUGAUAGAGGAGAUUGCUUCUUCACCUUGAAGGCAUGGAAUGCGCAGAAAGCUGGCGCAGCAGCUAUACUUGUUGCUGAUGACAAGAUUGAACCUUUGAUCACCAUGGACACCCCAGAAGAAGAGAAUUCAAGUGCUGAUUAUCUACAGAAUAUCACCAUACCCUCGGCACUUAUUAGCAAGAGUUUUGGGGACGGCAUAAAAAAAGCUCUAUCAAAUGGGGACAUGAUUAACAUUAAUUUGGAUUGGAGGGAAUCACUCCCCCACCCGGAUGAGCGGGUUGAGUAUGAAUUCUGGACAAAUAGCAAUGACGAAUGUGGUCCUAAAUGUGAUAGCCAGAUUGAGUUUGUCAGGAACUUCAAAGGAGCAGCCCAGAUACUUGAGCAGAAGGGCUACACUCAAUUCACCCCACACUACAUUACUUGGUACUGUCCAGAGGCUUUUACUUUGAGCAAGCAGUGCAAGUCUCAGUGCAUAAACCAUGGGAGGUAUUGUGCUCCAGAUCCUGAACAGGACUUCAGUAAAGGGUAUGAUGGAAAGGAUGUAGUGGUUCAGAAUUUACGUCAGGCUUGCCUGUUUAGGGUUGCAAAUGAAAGUGGAAAACCAUGGCUUUGGUGGGACUAUGUAACUGACUUUUCAAUUCGCUGCCCAAUGAAAGAGAAGAAGUACACCAAGGAGUGUGCAGACCAAGUCAUCCGAUCUCUUGGUAUUGAUCUGAAGAAGAUAGACAAAUGCAUUGGAGACACAGAGGCAGAUAUUGAAAAUCCAGUGCUUAAAGCUGAACAGGAUGCACAGAUUGGCAAAGGUUCUCGCGGAGAUGUUACGAUACUACCAACUCUUGUCAUCAAUAAUAGACAAUAUAGAGGUAAAUUGGACAAAGGAGCUGUUCUUAAAGCAAUAUGUGCAGGCUUCCAGGAGACUACUGAGCCAGCUGUUUGUUUAAGUGAAGAUAUAGAAACAAAUGAGUGCUUGGAAAAUAAUGGUGGAUGCUGGCAAGACAAAGCUGCUAACAUUACUGCUUGCAAGGAUACAUUUCGAGGAAGAGUGUGUGAGUGCCCUGUUGUUCGAGGUGUGAAGUUUGUUGGUGAUGGGUAUACCCAUUGUGAAGCUUCAGGAGCUUUACGCUGUGAAAUUAACAAUGGUGGUUGUUGGAAGAAAACCCAAGAUGGCAAGACUUUCUCUGCCUGCAUAGAAGAUCAUUCCAAGGGUUGCAAAUGUCCUCCAGGAUUCAAAGGUGAUGGAGUUAAUUCAUGUGAAGAUGUGGAUGAGUGCAAGGAAAAGCUUGCUUGCCAAUGUCCUGAGUGUAAAUGCAAGAACACAUGGGGUAGCUACGAGUGCAGCUGCAGUGGCAAUUUAUUGUAUAUGCAAGAGCACGAUACUUGCAUAAGUAAAGAGGGUACCUCCACCGUCAGCUGGAACUUUGUGUGGGUCAUGGUCCUUGCCUUGGCUGGUGUUGGUGUUAUAGGGUAUGGCGUGUACAAGUAUAGAAUCCGGAGAUACAUGGAUUCAGAAAUCCGGGCCAUCAUGGCGCAAUACAUGCCAUUGGAUAGUCAGGGAGAGGUCCCUAAUCACAUACACCAUGGAAACAUUUGAAACUGCAGCAUCGAGGAGCAAGGUUUUGCGCUUGAUCAUAUACCCUCCCUGUGCCUCCUGUUGAUUGCUUUGUCGAUGGGGGGAGCUUCGUCUCUGUUACUCUGUCUGUACGUGUAUGUGCUUAAUUUAGUUUACUAGUGGGUUCUGUAGAAUUUUUGCCCUUUUUUGUAUGGAGUUCAGACACACUGGCAACCUAAUCCACGUACAAGCCGAGUCUGUCUAUGAAAACUUGUCAUGGUUGGUUCCCAGUUCCCGCUGCCACAGAUAGGCAGGGCAGCUAGGUGAUUUGGUGAUUAUGUCCCUUCAACCUAGCAUUAGCCAGCAUUAUCCGGUUAAUAUUAGAAGGCAAUUUCUAUGAUAGCAGAAAGAAAGGUAUGAUACCUGAAGAACAUUAGCCAAUUAGGGAAGCCCACGUGAAUCUGAAUGAAUACCAGUUGAUUGGUUAUUAGUUUUGUA